UCCUUGUAUUUUAGGGAUGGGGGUGGGGGGGAAGGGGGUUCUCGUCUUGCUUUGGAGUUUUUUUCUUUUUCUUUUCUCCUUAUUUCGUAUCAUCACAGCACAUUUUCAUAGGAGUUUUCUUUUUUUCUUCUUCUUUCUUUUCGUUUCUCUCAGCUAUUUGUAUUCAGUCUACUCAUACUCAUGUAUCGGUCAGUAGGGGCGGGGAUGAGGGGAUGGUCAGUGGGGUCGGUCGGGUCGGUCGGUCGGGGUCUACAUAUGAAUAAUAUCAUCGGUCCUGC